CCGGACAUUACACAUGUAUAUUGGGCAACUUUCAGUCUAAAAAUAGCCAUAAUGACGGUGCGUUCUAUUCGGCGGCGGAAGACGGGAAUGAGCGAGCAAUAGCCAUAAUGACGGUGCGUUCUAUUCGGCGGCGGACCACGGGAAUGAGUGUGCAAUCAGCUGGAGAAGAGAUGAAGAGCGUUCUUUGUUUCAGCCAAGGAGAAAAGGGAGAGAGAGAAAGCGAAGGUGUUGGUGUUGGGAAAAGAGGGAGGGAGAGGAAUCGGGAUCGGCAGCCGCGGGUAGAUCUCUAGAAGGCGAUUGGAGCAAGAAGGAACGAGCAGGAAGGAGGAGGGGAGGAGGAGGGGAGGAGGAAGGAGAAAGAUGGAGGAGGAGCCGCCAUUUGCUAUACCCUUAUGGGAGACGGUGGGACGAGGAACGGCUGCAGGCCGUGCAUUGUUCGCGAUCUACGGUGGAGAUCUUGGCGGGAGAAAGGCGGGAAAUCGGUUCUCUGAUCACAAUUUGCAGAUGUUGCGGAAGAGUGGACGUUCUUGGAGACCUACGCGGUUGUGGGGACGAGCAGAAACGGCAGAUCCAACUCGUGUAAAGAGACCGGAAGUCAAAGUUCCGCGCUAUGGACGGCACACUGAACCCCCACUUAGCGCCAUUGAGAAACUGAAGGGGAGGAAGACCGCCAAGGCCAUACAGGAAGAUCUGGAGAGAGAAUUUGAGCGUGAGGGAUUACCAGUGCCUCCCCACCCUAAAGGAGCUGUUCUUGACGACAAAGAGAAAUAUCGUUUUCAGAGACUUCUAGAGUGGGAAGGACGUCCACCGGAGGAGGACGAAGAGCUUAUUGAAAGCUUCUUUCGAAAGGCAGAUCUGAAAACAAGUGCAAAAGACCAAUGCACGGAGAUGCAGAACCUCUUCCAUUCACUGAUGACUGAGGUGGAGGAGAGGGAAGAGUUCCUUGCAUAUAUGAGACGCUUGGGACGUGGACAUGUCUAUGAAGGGAAGAUUACGGCAGAGAUUGAUGAGGUGAUGAAGAUGGUGUCCACCAUAGCCAGUGGCGAGCAUCGGACGUCUUCGGCCGGCUCCUGCAGUGGUCGUGACGUUCCCGCGUGCUCCACAACGGUCGAAAAAUACGUAUUUUGUAAGCGCCCUCUUGCAGCCAGCUGCGAGAUUGCAUCAAUUUCAUUCGUUGGCGUCUUCCCUCUCACACCGUUUGUCUCCGUUCGCCGCGCUUGCCACAGCGCGAGUGCGUCUUUUGUUUCUGCUGCCCUGUCGUUCAUGGCAGACCUGUACCGCAGGCUGCCUUUGCUGCUGCUCGCCGUUGUGCUGCUGCUCGCCGUUGCGCUGCUGCUUGCCGUUGUCAUCUUCCAUAUUUGCUGCCUCGUGCGCGUUCCAGGGAGGAAACAGACGUGGCGAACGUCGAAGACGGCCAGGAAGAUGGAGAGGGUACAAACGAGGACCACGCUGUCCGUUGGGGCUGCGGGGUCGUCACGUCGGCGCUGCAGAAGUGCGGAAGCAGUCAGGCGGCCGUACGACUCCGCACUGUACAGCCACCUGCCGUCCCACGAGAUACCGUUGCCUCCAAGUGACGAUGACGGCGACGAUCCACGAUGUUCUACCCUUCCUCUGGGCAGCGGUUCGACUCAGGAUUGGAUGGGGAGCCAGCUGCACAGGCAGGCAUCGACGCCGACGUACACUGAUCUGCUGGAGGGGCGUACCCCGGCUGGUUAUGGCCCAGGACUGGUGGAUCUCAGCUUCGGAUUGAGGUCCGGGAGUGCCGAGGAGGUGACGCGCACCGUUAUCGUGAACCCAGCUUCGGGCACCACCCACACACCGGCUCCAGUGACAACGCGGACUGGCGGAUCAGUUCCAGGGGUGGCGAAGACUACCGUGGGGGCGGACGAUAUAUUAGGCGAUGAAGAUGGUGCAGUUGCGGAGGAUUGCGAGGCGGACGACGGGGCCGGUAACGACGACGAGGAGGACGACGAGGAGAUGGAGAUUCAUCCAGUAGGGAGAAAGCGGGGAGGGUCGAGGGCCGCGAAAAAGUUGCCGGAAAUGCGCACGGGGCGGAGGGGGAAGAAGGGUGUGGAAGAUGCGUCGGCUGGCGAGGGAUCGAAAAGCCGGGAUUCUUGGACCGUGGAGCACAUGAUUGCUCUCAUCCGGGCAAAAAGAGACCAGGAUUCGCAUCUUGCUGGCCUCGCGCACACCACGGGAAGGAUGAAGACGAAGACAUGGAAGUGGGACGAUGUGGAGAAGAGGCUGGUGCAGAUGGGGGUCAGGAGUAGAAAGGUCGUCGAUUGCGGGAAGAAAUGGGACAAUCUGUACCAGCAAUUCAAAACCGUGCACAAGUUUAUGGGAGAAUCGGGGAAGCCAAAUUUCUUCACACUAACGCCAGGCGAGAGGAAGGAGCAGGGGUUCGAUUUCCGGAUGCAUGAGCGUGUGUAUUCGGAGAUGGCGGCGAUGACCAGGAGCGAUCACACCAUACACCCCACCAAUCUCGCCGACACCGGUGUGAUUGGAGGUGUUCAAAUGCCCGGCCCACGCGGAGGUCGGAAUGAAUCCGGCGGUAGUGAGGGGGGGGGGGAUGGACAGGACCACGAUCAGGGGUCCACGAGGGAUUCUAUCAGCGGCGGUGGUGUUGGCGGGGGCAGCAAACGGAAGAAUGUGAGACAGCAUACCUUCGACACGAUUGCAGACGUGAUGAAGGAGCACGGGAGUCUGAUGGCGAUAACCGUGGACAGGGCGAGCAAGAGACAGUGCUCAAUUCUGACUAGGCAGUGCGACAUUCUGGAGCGAGAGGUUGAAGUGCAGAAGGAACACUACGUUAAGGCCGACCAGGCGAACUCGAUGAUGUGCCAAGCACUUAUGGAGAUUGCUAAAGCGAUCCGCGAGCGAUCGCGACGUCUCCCCGCCACGCAUGUCGUUGUUGUCCUGCGUGCUGCACUGACGAGAUGUACAGGUUGUAUGCCCCCACGGGGCGCCUCGGCGAGGGGCAGGAAAGAUGGCGGGGUGGGCGACGGUGGGGAAACCAACAAAGGCAGAGGCCACAUACUGAAGUCGAAAAGGCAGCUCAUCGAUGACGGUAGCUCCUCACAAACUGAUGACUUCCUCGCAGACGAAGUGGCUAUGGUGGACGCGCAAGGGAUGGCAGGGGUCGCGAGGUUGGGUUUCGGGCGGGAUGGAGUGUCGAGGGAGCAGCUGCAAGCAGUGAAAUGCAGUGUUGUUGGCGGUGCUGCCGGGACGGUGCCAAGGACCCCAAACACGACAGGGGUUGUCGUCACGGGCGCGCGGGUCGAGGGACAACUUUCGGCGGCGGCAGGCCAAGGUCAGCCACGUCAGCCACUCCCCCUGCAACACGUGUUGGCAUCAGGGGGAGGGCACACGGCGAUCGCGCAAAAAGGCGACACGACGGCUAGCGCCAGUCGGACGGCUGCGGCAGAUCACACAGCUAAAGCUGGAGUCGUCGAAGGUGCGGAAAGGGGGGGGGUCGACGACGUUGGCCGUGACGAUGGCCGAAGAGACGGAAAGCGGGAGGGCAAUGACGGCGACGACCGUCCACUUGUGCCGAGGGGGAAGGGAGCGCCGAAGGAGGACGAGCUGGAAGAGAAGGCCAAGUUGUGGGUUGAUUGCGACGCUUUCUGGGGUCAGGGUCCCGAGAAACCUCUGAGAGAGGCGGUAGGCGAAUGCACCGACUACUUCGUCGCCAUCGCCAACGGAGACGCAGGAGCUGAGCCGCCUUCGAUGCUCAUCAUGCCGCCGAAUGAUGUGCCGCGCUUCAAGAUCGACGACCCGGCGCAGCGUGAUCCGGCUCUUCGCAGAGCGCACCGCGUGGAGAGAGUAGUGUUGCGCACCAUCCACGGUUGGAUCUUUAAAUGGCAGUCGAGGUCGACUGGCUUCUCUCGUGCAGAGUCCUACAUCACCGUCGACUUCGCCACGGACCUUGCACGAGCAGUUUGGCAGGCCUUGGAAUGGUCGAGAGUGGUAUCCCCUGCACUCGUCUACCACACGUUGGCGAUGAAGAUGGACGUGCCUCUGUGGUUCACGGGGGUGAAGAUCGAGGACCGCCCGGAAGACGACGACAUGGCGGCGCGGCAGGAGGUGACAGUUCUUCUGCUGGCGGAGUGCUGGACUGAUGCGCUCUGGUGCGGACAGUGGGCGGAUGGCGGGCGCGUAAAACAGGAGAGGUUGUCCAGGCUGGCGGACAGUCUGCGAGCGUUGUUGUGCGUGGUCAUGUGGAUCAUGCGCAUGGGAGGUGACGACGACCGAUCGCAUUACGAGGCAUGGUCGUACGCAUCCAUGGUCGCGAAACCGACGAUGAUAGCGGCGGGGUCGUACAUCUUCAACUGGCGCCGACACGUGGUGGACUCCGCCAACCUCGUCCUCGAUCGUCUAGGGAAGGCCCACCUCACGCUGGGAGAUUACCCGCAAUGCAUUCCGGAAUGGUGCGAUUGCGGGUUGGCGUUCGGGCACAACGCUGCCCUGAAGAACGCGGUGGAGGCCGCGAAACACGGGUGGAUCGGCAGCGGGCCCGCGGCGGAUGACGAUGGAGAUGAUGGCAAGUGACACGUCAUCUCGAGCAGAUAGCAGCGGGUUGGUGCGCAUCGUCGGCGCUUCGUCGACGGUGGUGACGAGAGGACGAAGCGUGCACCUUCAAGUGGACACGGUAGCGCAGAGGCGGGACGGGUGUUGCCAGGUGCUGGGGGUGGGGGGUGUGGCGAAUAGGUGAGGUGGUCGGUCCUGCGCAGCAGCCUGUCAAGGUAGAGGUGCGGAAACAUCUCUCACCGCGUCGAACGAUAAGGGUGGCGAAGACUGUGCGGUCCAGCGACGUGGCCACGUCGGCAGAUGGCUCUGUAUUGCAUGUUUUGUG